GUAAGCUGGCACCGUCUGUCAUUUGGUUUUUAAAUAAGUAGGUAGGCUGCAGCAUAAGUUAGGAUUCGAUGUCAUGCAAUAACUGAUAUCGAUUUGAAACUGCUAAAUAGAAUAUUGAAGUUAUGACGUAAGCAUGUAUCGUGCUUACUCUUUUUUAAAUGGUAAUUAUUUCAAUCUGCAUGGCAGGGGUUGAAAUAUUUAGCCAUUGUUAGCCAUUCUCGAUAACGCUCGGCGAGACAGUUGUCUGGGUCGUUCCCACCUCGAUAAAGAGUUGAAAACUGAUAAUGUGUUUUCUACUUUCAACGAUAUUUCUAAGGUGAUAGUUAUCUGCCAAAGGACUGACAUGGCUAUUCAUUACACUAUACACAUUGGAGGAUAUGCCUUUGACACUAGCCUCAUCACUAUUGAGCCAGUACUGUUCUUGUACAUGGUGGCAUCAUAUCUUAACUUCCCAAUCCUACAGGCUCUCAUGUAUGAGAAGGUGUGCACUGACAAGUACAACUCGUCCUUCUGUCAUCAGUUGAAAAAUGCUACAUUUCAAGACGAACACAAGACCGAAGACACAUACCUCCAGUCAGAGACAUCUUUCUGGAUUCUCAAGAGCAACAUAGCAUUAAUGAUUCCAUCCUGUUUUACUGUUUUAUUCUUCACUGGGACAUGGGGUGACAAGGUUGGGAGGAAACUUCCAAUCAUUUUGCCUAUUAUUGGAUGUCUGGUUUACACAGUGGGAAAUCUGAUCAGCUCUGUUUAUAUGACAAUCUCCAUCAACUGUCUGAUGAUUGGUAUUGUUGUGAAUGGUCUGUGUGGUGGGUACAUUGGUGUACUGAUGGCUGUGUACAGCUACGUCACUCAUGUAGCCACUGACCAGAACAAGACCAUUAGAGUUGCAAUCUUGGAAGCGAUGACCUCCCUUGCAGGGACACUUGGUGUUUUUGUGUCAGGAAUCAUGCUGGAAAAGACGAGUUACGUUUUUGUUUUUUCUUUCAACUGCAUUGUAUUGUUCAUUGCCUUGUUGUAUUCUGUGUUGUGGGUGGAAGAUAUCAGUGCAGACAAUCCAGGGCGUGGUGAUAAAGGAAUCUUUCGAUACUGGUUUCGUGAUUCCCUUGUGGAGACCUGGAAUUGUGUCAGAACACCAAGAUCUGAGAAAAAGGUUCUGUAUGUGUCACUGAUGAUGAUUACAAUGGUGAUUUUGAUGGCUGGAACAUCAGGUGAAAUGGAUAUUUUGUAUUUGUAUACAAAAAGAGCUCCACUAAGCUGGACUCAGACAACAUAUGGCUACUACAAAGGACUUGAAAACUUCUCUCGAAGUCUUCUCUUAUUGACUCUUCUCCCGAUUCUGAAGAAAAAAAUGUCAAUGAGAGACACCACUGUGUCUCUGGGAGGAAUGAUAUCGAAGACCAUUGCCUUCAUUGUGAUUGGGGUAGCAUCGAAAACAUGGAUGGUUUUUAUUGUGGUACUGCUGUCCAUGUUUCAAGGUUUUCCAUCGUCAGGUGUGCGUUCACUCAUGUCUGGCAUGGUGGAGAAGAAUGAACAAGGUCGACUGUUCAGCAUUCUAGCAGUGGCAGAAAAUAUAGCUGCCCUCCUGGCCUCGCUGAUGUUCAAUGAGUUGUAUCCUGCCACCCUUCAUAUCAUGCCUGGCUUCUGCUUCCUUCUCGCUGCUGGAAUAACGGUUAUUGGCUUCUGUAUUGUACUGUAUCUCCACUUUGAUAUGAGAGGAUCACAGGUGUACACCAACCUUCAGGAACAGGAAACCACUGAAGCUAAUGCAUGAGCAUUCCAAAAAUAACUGAACUCUGCCUUUAGCGCACACUGAUAGGAAGUCAUGUUUCUUUUUAUUAAUCUUUCUUAUUGCCUCAAAUAUUGAGAUGAAAUUUAUGUGAAGCUUCAUCAUGCAGAGAUACAGAUUAAGCUUUUCCUUUAUGGUCUUCGAACUUAGGAGAUAUGAAAAUUGGUUGCUCGGUAGCAGACUUUUGUUUCUUUAGUAGUAUUUUUAGAAUGCUUGUUCAUACCCACCCUUUUUAUAUUUUCAUGUACAAAAUAAUUAUGAAACCUAAUUUUUUUAACCAAGGUUAAAAUUAUUCAUUUUUUAUACUACAGAAUUUGUUUCAUUUUAAGUUAUUUAUUAACUGCCUGUAUUAUCUUCAGUGUUUUUACAUCUCCACAUUUUUCACCAUUAUACAAGCACUCAAAAUGUCACAGUAGUCAUCACCAGCACAGCUAAAACAACCAUUACCACCACCAUAAAGUAUUAAUAAUGUAUUAAUUAAAAGAAAUCCAUAUUUUGCAUUAAAAAACAAAACAACAAAAAAAACCCAACUAUUUGAUGUACUGGUACAAAUUACCUUUAUAGGAAGUGGGAGAGUUGUAUCACUUAAAGAAUCUUUGAAUAUCAGUUGUGGAAUAUUUCCAGAAAAAAAGAAGAAAUACCUGCUAUAAUAAAUUAUUAGCCAUAAUGAUGUAAAAGUGGCAGCAAUGUGUUUUGUUAUGUUUAACCUUUUUGCAUUUUUACUCAUUUAGCAGGGUAUUCUAGAACAAAAAUGGCAAUAAGGCCAAACAAAAUAAAAGGUUGGUCUCUGGCUAGACCAAAGUUCCAGAAUUGAUGCAGCAAUGGGCAUUUUUGGGUUUUGUUUAACUUUAUUUUUGUUUAAAGCAUGGAUUGCACAGAAAAGGUGAGUAUAUUUGAUACCGAAAUAAGGGACAUAUUUAAAUUGAAAUCAGAAUGCACAUCCUAGUCCAUACGUGAUGCAAUUUUGGCUCCAUAUGAGGUUAUUAUGUCGUAGCAAGAAAAGCCCGGCAAAAAUCAACAUCAUACCACAGUGGGGGGAGAUGUGUGAUGCGUGAGGGUCAAAAUCACCGCGCACGCUGACCAGAGACCAGAAUUUUAUUUUGUUUGGCCUAAGCAUGUUAGUCCUAUUUUGUCUUUUUUAACUUGAUUUUUAUGCUUAUAUUCAAUUAUGGACCUGCGCACACAUCUCAGCUGUCUGAGUGGUUACUUGUUAAUGUUUUGGGGGAGCGGGAUUUAGCUCAGUCCAUUGAGUGCAUUGCUUGGGGUGUUUGCAUCGCAGGACCGAACCACGUCAGUGGAUCCAUUCAACAGAUUGGGGGUUUUCUAAUGUUUUCCCCACAACUAGUCAAAGGCCAUGGUAUGUGCUUUCCUGUCUGUGGGAAAGUUCAUAUAAAAGAUCCCUUGCUACAUUAGGAAAAAUGUUGUGGGUUUCCUCUGAUGACUACGUAUAAAUGUCAGAAUUACCAAAUGUUUGACUUCCAAUAGCUGAUGAUUAAUUAAUCAAUGUGCUCUGGUGGUGUUGUUAAACAAAAGAGACAGACUUUUUGUUAAUGUUUUGUGUCAGAGAACAUGAUGCAGUGGUCUAACAUUUCCACAUUAUACAGUUGAAGUUCACUCUAGGUUGAAGCCAGUGAUGGGAUGUGAACUCGGUUCCUACCAACAUAAAGGUGAUGUCUUAACCACUACAUCAUGUCAUUGAGCCCAGUGGAGAUCAGUUAUGGCUAUGUAACUAGUGGUUGAUAUACUCAUGGAAACACAUUCCUUUGCAUAUAUUGCACAAAGGGACGGGAUUUAGCUCAGUUCACCAUGCAUUAAAAUGCUUUUAUUAUCACAGCAGUGGACAAUGUACUGCUUUUUAUAGAUUCAGAACUUCAUUCUGUCAGUGGACAAAAUGUAACAUGCGUCACAUAAUGUCCGUCACACACAAUUAUGUUAUAUUUUUCCUUACACUUUUAGUUUAGGGCUGAAUUGUAACUGGUAGUCAUUUAUAGCUAUGUUAUCUCUACUUCAAGGGCAAACAUUGAUUUGUACAAGUUAAAGGUUUCACACAAUUUGGAAAUGAAGUUCGUUACUUUUUACCCAUAUCCUUUGGAAGUAAAGUCUGUCACGCACAUAUCUCUGAUUACCCACCAUGCCAUAAAUAUUUCUAAGCACUUUUCUCUGUGGCCCUAAAUCGGUAUGAACAUUGGCAAGUAUCAUACACAAGACCAAUUUACUGUGGGUAUCACUCUAGCAAUCAAGUCAGUUGGAAUGACCUCCAACCUCUGAAUGUAACGUCUGUCACCGUGGAAUUGACCUACUUCAUUAUUCAUAUUUAUAGAACUUUUCAAAUAUUUUUUAGUAUUUUAAAAACACAUCUGUUUUUUCUUCUUGUUUUUGCUAACAUGAGGAGUGAAGUGCUUUCAUAUAUUAUAUUUAAAAAAAAAUAAUUCAGAUUUAAAUACUUUUAAUGUAAUAAUCAAUGAUACAUUUUGAAUAAUAUGCCUUACUCCAUGGUUCGUAAUAUUAACUUGUUUUAUUGCUGUGUGAUAAAAUAGCAUACUUUUAUUAAUUUUACUUAUAUUGUACAUAAUUGUGUGUAUUACUAUUUUUGUGGGAAUCUUUUCUUACUCACUUUGGUUUUUAAUCUCAUUAAAUUUACUUAAACAGCAUUAUAAUUUAUGUAGUUUUUGUCUCUCCUUCAUGAAGUUAAAAGAUGAGAUAUAGGUACUUCUGUUUUGAUGGCAGCAGCAAUUGUGAAAGCAGUGUCAAAUUUUGGUGUUAGUUUCGCAUUAAAAUUUCACAUUUGGAUCUGUUUGUCACAAACUAUAAGCCCUAGAUCUGUGAAACUUGGUUUAUAGUUGCAAUUGUGGAUAUUCAUCACAGUGCACAGAAACAGUUUAUGGUAGACAAGACAUCUAUUUUUACAGAAUUCUUGUUUUUAACUAAAUUACAUUUAAUCUGUUGAAAUCAGAUGUACCAUUUGUACUAAAUAGCAUCAAGGGUCCUUUUAUAAGCAGUUCCCUCACAGACAGGAUGUAACCUAUAAAUAACACAGUCAGCCAAAAUACACUGUCUUACAAAACCUAAAAUCAAAUUAUAUUUAGUUGUAUAUCUGCCUUGCAAUUUUGUGUGCAAUGGCAACUUAUCUUCUGGGCUAAUUUUAGGUUCUUAUUUAUUGACAGACACAUUUUAGAUCACUUUUCUAAAAUACUUAAUUGUCUGCAUUUUAUUUUGGUGAACCAUCUAAACUUGUGCCCAGAUUCUGAACACGUUAAACGUAAUGUUUUGGCUAAUAAACUUUACUAUUAGACUAAAUGUAUUGCUUAGUUAGAUUUCCCCUCUUACUAUGGGAAGAAUUCCUGAUUUUAAUCUGAGCUUGUGCCCAUGGUAAGCAUGUUUGAACCCUUGAGCAUGUUAACAACUACCAAACAAUCACACAGUGUUUGAUAUAUUAUUUGCGGAGUAGAAGUAAAUUAUAAUGGGGCAGGAUGUUGCCCAGUAGUAAAGUGUUUGUCUGAAACAUGGUCCAUCUAGGAUCGAUCCCCACUGGUGGGCCCAUUGGGCUAUUUCCUGUUCCAUCGAGUGCACCACAACUGGUAUAUCAAAGGCCUGGUAUGUG